AUGGACGACGAGGGAAUGGUGAAUGAUGCCAAGAACCCUUCAAACAGAAAGCCAAAUCCAAAACUUUCAAUUUUACCUCUGAUUGCAUUGAUUUUCUACGAGGUUUCCGGUGGUCCGUUUGGUGUAGAAGAUUCAGUCAAAGCAGGAGGUGGGCCUCUGCUAUCUUUGCUUGGUUUCCUAAUAUUCCCCUUUUUUUGGAGCAUCCCAGAAGCUCUAAUUACAGCUGAAUUAGCCACUAGUUUCCCAGAAAAUGGAGGUUAUGUCCUCUGGAUAUCUUCGGCUUUUGGUCCUUUCUGGGGAUUUCAAGAAGGGUUUUGGAAGUGGUUUAGUGGAGUUAUGGAUAACGCCCUUUACCCAGUAUUAUUUCUUGAUUAUUUGAAGCAUUCUUUUCCUAUAUUUAAUAAAAUGAUUGCUCGAAUCCCAGCUCUAUUAGGAAUUACUGUUUCAUUGACAUAUUUGAAUUAUAGAGGCCUGCAUAUUGUCGGAUUUUCAGCUGUUUUGCUUGCUGGCUUUUCGCUUUUCCCGUUUAUUGUGUUAGGCAUUAUUGCAAUUCCUCGAAUUAGGCCUAGAAGAUGGUUUGUUAUGGAUUAUAGAAAGGUAGAAUGGAGGGGAUACUUUAAUAGCCUGUUUUGGAAUCUGAAUUAUUGGGACAAUGCAAGUACAUUGGCAGGGGAGAUUGAGAACCCGAGUAGGACGUUCCCUAAGGCGCUGUUGGGGGCUGUAGUUUUGGUGGUGUGCUCAUAUUUGAUUCCUCUUCUUGCGGGUACAGGAGCUUUGGAUACAGAUUUUAGUGAGUGGAGCGAUGGUUAUUUUGCACAAAUUGGAAUGUUGAUUGGUGGAUCUUGGCUCAAGUGGUGGAUACAAGCAGCUGCUGCUUUGUCGAACAUGGGGUUGUUUGAAGCUGAAAUGAGCAGUGAUGCCUUCCAACUGCUAGGGAUGAGCGAGAUUGGGAUGCUCCCUUCUAUAUUUGCUUCAAGAUCAAAAUAUGGGACACCCACAUUCAGCAUUUUAUGUUCAGCAACUGGUGUAAUUUUCUUGUCAUGGAUGAGUUUCCAAGAAAUCUUGGAAUUCCUCAACUUCCUAUAUUCUGUAGGAAUGCUCUUUGAGUUUGCAGCCUUCAUUAAAUUGAGAAUAAAGAAGCCAGACCUGCAUAGACCUUACAAAGUUCCCUUGAAAACAUUUGGUGCAACGAUGCUUUGUUUACCUCCCGUGUUGUUGCUUGUUCUAGUCAUGUGUUUGGCUUCCCUAAAGACUUAUUUAGUGAGUGGUGGCGUUAUUGUUUUGGGAUUUUUCCUGUACCCUGCAGUAGUUCAUGCAAAGGAGCGAAAUUGGGCCAAGUUUGGUACAGAAAUACAACCCUCGAGGCCUUCUGAUAGUGAUCUUGAAGGCCGUCCAAUUGUGUUAGAAGAGCAUCAAGAAAUCGACGAAGCUACUCGUGGCCUUCUUUUCGAUUCACAAUCUUUUAGGACAGAGCAAGCAUCUGAUAUCUCAUCAGAGGGAGUUCCAAAACUGGAGUAG